AUGGACGGUCGUCCAACCAAAAGACAGCGUCGCUCAGUUCAUCCAGAACGGACUCUAUCACGAUCAUCAAAAUCAGACUCCCCGCCCAUUGACAUCCCUUCGUCCUCUCCCUCUUCCUCCUCCUCCGCCGCAGUCCUCGCGUUAACUUCGCGUCCCAAAGCAAACCCCAAAUCGAAGAAUCCUAAGACACGCGCCGUCCCCCGAGCUCCAUCAUCCUCAGUCUCGCCGCAAAAGGCAAAACCACAACUCAAACAAACCUCCUUAUCACCAAACACCAAAUCGCAAUCGAAAUCAAAAUCGCUUCAUACUUUCUUUCAGCCCGCUACCGAGGCGCAACGAUGGUCGGCGCAAAAGUUCGAACCCAGGCGUCCAUUGGCUGCCUCGUCAGAUCUGACAUUUGACGCGGAUAUCAUUGAGGAUGAUUAUGACUCUUACGAUGAGAUCUUCUCGCAGCAUUUGCACGUUGGUGGUGGCAGUGAUAGUGGUGGUGGUAAUGGCGGGCGAGGAAUGACAAAAACGAACAAAGGAACAGAGACUAUGGUUCAGAUUGAAUCUCCUGUCGUGCAUGGAGCUGGAGGUGGGAAGUCACGGCGUCCGAUGUUGAAGAAACCUACGACGACAACAAAGACAUUGCAUUCUUCGACCCGGGCAAGAUCACGUACUUCGAAACGGUUCUUGAUGCCGACAGAGGAUGUGACGGGAAAUGAAGGAGGAGGAUCAAGACAAAGAUCUGUGUCUUUUCCUGCUUCAGGCACUCUUUCGACUGCGGAGCAAGAGGAUGUGGAUUCACGACCUUGGGCACAACGAUAUGCGCCAGCUAAUUUGGAUGAGGUUGCCGUUCAUAAACGAAAGGUCUCAGAUGUGCAGAGGUGGCUGGAAGAUGUAUUUGCGGGGAGACGGAGAGAGAGGUUACUGGUUCUUCGAGGCCCUGCUGGCAGUGGCAAGACGACUACGAUUACCCUUCUUUCCAAGGCUCUCGGAUUCGAUCUAAUCGAGUGGCGCAAUCCUUCGGUAUCCGAUGCUCCUGAACAAGAGUUCGUCUCGGGCGAUCGGGAUGCGAAGCCUCGAAGUCAGCGGGUCCUCUUGGUUGAAGAGUUUCCGACAGUUCUCAGUCGAAACUCCUCAAGUUUGGCGGCGUUUCGUUCGUCGCUCCAGCGUUACCUUGCUGCUUCGACAGAACAUACUUCUCUCGGUGGCUGGAUGCACCCUCCGAUUGUGAUGAUUGUCUCGGAGACGAUGCUCAGUUCCGCGUCGUCCAUAUCAGACAACAUGACAGUCCAUCGCUUGCUGGGACCGACACUGUAUAAUCACCCCGGAACCUCCAUCCUCGAUUUUAAUGUGAUAGCUCCCACAUUUAUGCAGAAAGCGCUCCGACUGGUACUCGAAAAAGAGUCGUCUACGUCUCAGCGCUCUCGUGUCCCCGGAUCUGCAGUGUUGGAAAAGAUUGCGCAAAUAGGCGACAUCCGCAGUGCGCUUUCUGCCCUCGAGUUUCUCUGUCUGAAGGACGACAAGAUCGGGAAAUGGAGUGGAACUUUGACGAAAUCAAAAAAGUCUCGCAGCGGAUCAGGCCUCACGCCGAUGGAGCAAGAAUCUCUCGAACUCAUCUCGCAGCGGGAAGCCAGUCUAGGAAUGUUUCAUGCAGUGGGCAAAAUUGUGUAUAAUAAACGCCUGGAUCCGAGUCUGCUGCCCCCGGAUAUCCUCGCUGUCCCAUCGCCCCCAGAUCAUCUUUCUCACCACCGCCGAGUCAAGGUCUCAGAGGUUCCAGUCAAUGACCUCCUUGAUGAUACGGGUACUGAUGUGUCCACUUUUACUUCUGCUCUGCACGAAAACUACCCGCCCUCUUGCCACGGGCACUUCUUUACGGAUAGCCUGAACGCCUGCAUCGAAGCACUUUCCGACUCUGAUAUCCUCAGCGCCGACAGGAGACCGUUCCACGGGUCUCGCACCGGCGUGGGAGUCGGAGCAACCCCCUUUAAUUCAGGCGUGGACAUGUUUCGACAAGAUGAGAUCAGUUUCCAUGUUGCGUCCCGUGGUGUCCUUUUUGGCCUCCCGUAUCCCGUCAAUAGAAAAGUCACCUCAAUCAACGGACGCAAACCCUCCAGGGUUGCACAUCAGAUGCUCUAUCCUGCUUCCCUGCGUCUGUGGAGACGAUCAGAGGAGAUAGAAGGGCUAAUCGAUUCAUGCCUCCGGCAAAUGCUUGACCCUGCCAGCAACUCUCCGAGGCUGGAUCGUGGUAAUACUGAGUCUGCAGGUGUCAAGUCCUGGAAGAAUCUUCGGCUGGGAUACGGGUGUUCGAGUUCAGAGCCGGGCGGCGGCGGAGGUUCUGCAUCCACGAUCGUGACGAUGAUGCCGCGCUUAGAUGCGUUGCUCUAUCAAUUACCCUAUAUGGCACAAAUUCGUCGUCAGGGGUCGGAUGGGUGGCACCUCGCCCAGAUUACUAGUAUCUCUAGUAGCGGUACCGAUACUCAGGACGGAAGAUUGGACGACAUGGACGAGGACGAGGCUGAGGCUUUUGUGCCUGGAUUACCACGGCCAAAAAGCGUCAUGAAUGUCGGUCAUCUCGGGUCUACAAUGCCUGCUCCGGAGGAAGAAAAGCUAAUUUUGAGUGACGAUGACAUUGUGGAUGAUUGA